CAAACGCUCCCUGGAAAUUACUGUAACUAUCGAAGGGGGAAGGGGAGCAGAGAUUGGAGGGAGUGAAACUGAGGUAUGCCUUAAGAGGGCAGCUUGACCAGGACGUCUCUUGGGACGGCCGCUUCCUUGCUCUUUGAGUUCCAGCUUGUCAGACACAAAGCUGUAGUUAAUUGUAGCUAACUGUCUCCUUCAACCUCCUUGGUGGUGGCACUGAAAAGAAAGCUUUGCUUUCGACUGCCAUGAUGCAUGAACAUCUGUUCCUGACCAAAAUGGGCCUGGACCAGGAGAACUAAAGGAUGAUGGCACCUUUAUAAAUGGGUCCUGACACACUUGAGCCAGUGUAAGUGAAUUCCACUUGGGAAGUCUGCUGGCACCCAGGACGUCCUGAUAGUGCCAACGCGAUGAACCUGUAGGUGAAGGAAGGGCACGCUGCAAGCCAGUCUCCCUCUCUGGUGUCAUUUUCUCACAGAUGGCACUGCUGAGUGGGCCCACGGACAUCACAGGGAAUCCUGAGAGGGAAGCAAGGGAGGGGAGUCAGUGGUGCCUGAUGCACUAAUGACAGACUGACACAUCUCUGCAGUCCUGGACAGAGGAAGGUUAAAGAGGGUUUGUUCAAAAGGCGGCCCUACUUGUCCUAUUGUCUUUGGCUCAAGGCAGCGACCGCCUUGUGGUCGCAACUCAGAACGGUUGCACUGAGAGCCGAUGGCUUGCAGCAUGGACUUCAGCCCUUGCCCCCUCCCUGCUCUGUAACACCUCACCCCUUGUCAGAGGCGACUGGCCCAUGCUGAAAGAGCGCUUGGCGGCAUAAUCUACUGAAAUCACUUUAUAGCUCUGCCGUUGGGUCAGGGCGGAUCUACAGCGGCUGUGUGUGGAGGUGGUGGAGACUCCGAGUGAUACGUACCCACUCUGAACACUAUGUGCAUCUUUGUGUCACCCGUCCAUCUCAUGGACUCGGUGAGUGAAGACGGGCUUUAGGUGGCAGCUGGGAUUGUGGGCUCAGGCCAUGGAAGGGGACACCAUCGUCACAGCACGCACAGCGGGUUUGAAUGGCUUAUCUCAAGAAAGUAAACCGGUAGAGGAUCUAACCAACGGCCGCUCCAGUCACAAACCUGGACUGAAUGGAUUGACCUCCGAGGGCCACGGCCUCAAAGACCAUGUGAAUGGCAGUUCAGCUCUCAAGUCUCUGCCGAUUUCAGCUCUGAAGCAGAAUGGACUGUUGCAGUCUCUGGCAGCAGGAGGGGAGCAGCAGCCAAAGAAGGAAGAGGAGAGUGCCGAGGUCCAGCAGGCCCGCCAGCAGUGGGAGGCUCUGGAGAGCAUCCAGCCAGCUCUCCCUGAGGACUUGACUCCCACCCCUCUCAUCUCCUUCAAUGAGGCCCUGCAGCACUUCCAAACGACUGACCUGUCUGAGCUCCUGAGGAACAUCCAGCCCACCCUGCGCAGAAGCGGCCUGGCCGCCAUCACGCACUUCCUCUUCGGGCCGCCCCGGCUGCACCGCGAGCUGACGGAGGAGAGGGACCUGGUGUUCGCCAUCGCCCGCUGCUCCCUGGACAACAGCCAGAAGGUCCACACUCGGGUCUUACAGACCAUCUACAAGAGGCUGACGGGCAGCCGGGUGGAUUGCCCCCGCUACGGUCCGCACUGGGAGACGGUGGGCUUCCAGGGGACAGAUCCUGCGACAGAUCUGAGGGGGACUGGAUUCCUGGGCCUCAUGCACACGCUGUACCUGGUUAUGGACCCAGAGAUGCUACCCUUGGCCAGAGACAUCUACAAACUGUCUCAGCACCCCACGCAGAACUUCCCCUUCAGCGUGAUGUCCUUCAACAUUACCCGCAUCGCGCUCCACGCCCUCCGAGAGGAAGCCCUGACCAGGGAGUGUAACCGACGGCAGCAGGUGGUUGGGGUGCUGAAUGAGUUCUACGUGGCCACUUUCCUGCACCUCUUUCAGCUGUGGAAGUCCCAGCAGAAGACUAUCUCUGACUCAGGCUUUGUGUUGAAAGAAGUGGAAACCUUUGCCAAAAAGAACCCCAAGCAGAUCCUAAGGCGCUUGGAAGGGUUCCUGAAAGAGAGGCGCGCAGGGGGAGGGGUGAGAAUGUCACCCGACACCCCUUCCCACAACCCGUCCCCUCGCAAUGGAGGGCCUCGCCUUGGGCCAUCAGGAGCCAGGGGCAAGGAGAUGAAUUUCACUGGUGUGUGUGAGCUGCCACCAGAGAUGGAGGGGGAGGCCAGACUAAUCUGAGAGAGAAACCCCGCCCUGGGAGAACUUGCACCCUCACGGCAGAUAGUGCCCCCAAGCACUGAUCCAGGGUCAGCUAGUGUAACCCUAAUCCUAACCGCCAGCUGCUUGGUGAACGAGACCUGGGGUCAGUGCUUGGAGGCACCGUCUGUCUGCACUGACCUGGGCCGUCAUGGCUCUCCCCCUCCAUCUGUGAACAUGCUCCAUCCUGCAGAGACGGGGAAACUUCCUGCAGCUCCUCCAAAGGCUCCACAGGUCAGGACUCCAGCUCACAGAGGGUUCCCGUCCCACCCCACCACAUGGCUGUCCAAUCACACUGCACGUUCAAACCUCUUCAGUAAACUGUACGCUAGUUUCAGAGCAGGGGUGCACAGAUUUUUGACACUGAAUAUGCUCUUGUCCAAUCUGUGUGACAUACUGCCUUUCCUUCCACCUUCAUGAACAACAGAGGCUGAUAUUCUGGCUACUUUUCCUUCCUAAUAUCUGUCUGCAGAUGUAUACAUAGUAAGAACCAAUACAAGGGCAAAAAAAAGUUAUUUAUAUGAGAAAUUAAUGCCAAACAUCGGCCAAAUUUGGCCCAUGGGCCUUAGUUUGGAUGUGCCUGUUUUAGAGUGUCCCUGCAACCCUGUUGGUAGCAUUAGCCAAAAGAAAACAUGGGUUAUUUUUUUCCAGUGUUAUCGUUCAGUCCUUUAGCUCCACAGGCCUGGGAAAGGAAAAAAGUAAAUGAAAAACACUAAAACUUCAAAGUCAAGGAAGAAUCACUUUAUUGAGAUUUGCAAAGGAAAGGCCAUGCUCUGUCCGCUGAGCCAGCUGAUAGAGCAGAUUAAACCUCUGUGUGCUGUACAGUGUAGGAGUGUGAUUUGUGGGCUCUCGGAGGGGGGCCUCUGAGGAGAUAGCCAGGAAGCUGCUGCAUGGAGUCUAGCCACAUGGAAGUGGAAA